UCUCCCUGUCUCCCUCCUAACCAGUGACGUCACGAAUCCAUAGGACCGGAAACGAGGCCGCGCCGGAAGUGGUGAGGCUCUGCCCGGUCCCAACAUGGCGGCGGCGUUCAAGAAGGCGGCCAAAGCCGGGCAACGGCAGCACCGAGAGCGGAGCCAGCUCUCCUCAAGGAAGCACUUAGGCCUCCUCGAGAAGAAGAAGGACUACAAGCUCCGCGCUGAGGACUACCACAAGAAGCAGAAUGCCCUCCGCGCCCUCCGCCGCAAGGCCCAGGAGAAGAACCCGGACGAGUUCUACCACCGGAUGACGCGGGUGCAGCUGCAGGAUGGCAUCCACUUGGAAAAGCCUCAGGAAGAGGAAUGCACCCUGGAGCAGCAGAAACUGAUGAAGACCCAGGACCUGAAGUACAUCGAAAUGAAACGAGUGGCGGAAGUCAAGAAAAUCGAAAGGUUGAAGUCAGAGCUCCACCUCCUGGAGGCAGAAGGAAAGCAGCCUAAUAAGCACACGUUCUUCUUCGACACCAAAAGGGAAGUGCGAGAGUUUGACAUUGCUGCCCAUCUGAACACGGCGCCUGAGCUGCUGGGCCGAGUCUACAACCGGCCGACCCUUGAAAUGCUGAAGAAGGAGCCGAUUCGUGGGGCGACUCUCCCAGUCCAGUUGCAGAGCCCCAUGGUGCUCCGGGGGACCCACCACACAGUUGGAUCAGGAAGCAGAGGGAAGCCGCUGGGGUUGAGCAACCAGGCGUGUGGGAGACACCUUUUGCGGAAAGAGAGGGACAUGGCGCUAACCCAGGUCUGCCGCUGGGGAGAGGCGGCCCCACCCUCAUCCCAGAGUGAAUCCCAGAAAUUGGCCCGCCAGAGGAAGAGUCAGUACAAUCUGCUGAGGCAACGCAUUGAGCGGGAACGAGAGAUGUUUGUUGUUGCACAGAAGCUCCAGACAAGGAAGGAUCUCUUGGACAAGACGCAGAAAAUGAAGGUGAAGAAGGAAACUGUCAACCGGCCGGCCAUUUACAAAUUCAAGCUCCAGCGCAAACGCUGAGAGUGUCCUUGGGCCUCAAGUGGAAUUGAGGACUGUGGGUUGAAGAUCUCUGUGACCCCCACCCCAGCCCCACUGUGUGGACCCCCUCUAUUUUUUAAAAUAAACACCUGAUGCUAA